UUGUCACAGACGAGACUCUGAGCUUCAUUCAGAAAAGCAGACGCCUGCUGGUUGUCCUGAGUCCAAACUACAUCCUCCAGGGGACCCAGAGCCUCCUGGAGCUCAAAGCUGGCCUAGAAAACAUGGCCUCUAGAGGCAGCAUCCACGUCAUUUUAGUGCAGUACAAAGCGGUCAAGGAGACCAAGGUGAAGGAGCUGAAGCGGGCCCGGACGGCGCUCACAGUCAUUAAGUGGAAAGGGGAGAAGUCCAAGUACCCCCAAGGCAGGUUCUGGAAGCAACUGCAGGUGGCCAUGCCUGUGAAGAAAAGGUCUAGUUGGUCCAGCAGCGAGGAGCAAGACACUGUAGAAGCCGUUUUCGACUUCAUUCAGAGAAGCCGGAGGAUGAUCGUGGUCCUCAGUCCUGAUUACCUGACAGAGAAGAGCAUCAGCUUGCUGGAGUUUAAGUUGGGGGUGCUGUGCCAGAACUCCAUCGCCACCCAGCUGGUGGUGGUGGAGUAUCGGCCUUUAGAGCACCCACACCCUAGCAUCCUCCAAUUGAAGGACUCCGUCUCCUUUGUGAGCUGGGAGGGCGAGAGGUCCAAACGUCCGGGCUCCCGAUUCUGGAAGGCCUUGCGCUUGGCUCUGCCUUUGAGGAGCCUGAGUUCAGGCUCAGGCUGGAAUGAGAGCUGCUCCUCCCAGUCAGAUAUCAGCCUUGAUCAUGUCCAGAGAAGGAGGGGCCGUUUGAAAAUGCCUCCAGAGCUCCUGGGUUCAAGGAGAACGGCAGGGGCAGCUCCAGCCACCCCAGGAGCGGCAGCCAAGCACCAUGGCAAGGCCUCAGGGGCUUGUCGGUGUUGUGUCACCUACUGCAAAGGGGAGAAACCACUCAGAAACAAGAACCGAGCAGAGGCUCCCACCCAGACGCAAUGGGAGACUCACCUUUGCAAACCUGUCCCCCAGCAGGUGGGAACUCAUUGGGUUCCAAAUGGUAACAGACUGAAUACUCCAGCUCCCCAGAUCUCAGCCCUUGCUCUUCAUCAUUUCACAGAUCUCUCCAAUAACAAUGACUUCUAUGUCCUCUGA